AUGGAGCGUUUAGGGAUGCUUCUCCACACCGCCGCUGUAAAGGUUCGAGAAACAUUUUCAGCGGCGGGGACUUCGAGCAGGUCCGAAUCUUCCGGGACGGAAGGGGGGCGGAGCAGUUUGGGCCUUUUGCCUCAUCAGCUCCUUAGUGUUUCAGACUUGCUGGUCGCGGCCACCAAUCUGUUUGCUCUCCGAAUAACUGCGGGGACGUUGACGGAUCGAAUCAAUCUGCAACUGCAGAGAGAGGCAGCAAGCCGUACCAGUCAAAAUAGCGAGCUGGCCUCACACUGGCAGGCGGCGGAUCCCGGAUCCACGGCACUCCCAACUGAAUCUCAAGAUGCAGACCAGAGUGUCUAUCGCCGGGCGGUUGCUCUAGGAGACACCGGGGGUCUGGAAAUUUUCGUUGUUUGCAUCUGGACUCUCAUUUUACUUGUCGCGCUCAAGGCUGGUUUCGUCCUCGCAUGCUUGAGCAGCACCAGUAGAUCCCCCGGAGGGUGCGUCUUGGCGGCUCCAGUUUUGCAGGACAUGCUGCUAACGCGGCAUCAGGAGAACGAUGAUAGUGACUGGGAAGAUUAUGAGAUCGAAGAAAGCGUGGGCGUUGCCUCUCCUGUGCCAGUAAUGCGGGGUGUCAACAAAGCUGGAAGCGGUGUUUCUGAAGACGGAAGGGAUCCUGGAACAAGCAUACGCAGAAGGGGUAAGAAGGGAGCGGACGGGUCCGACGGUCUCUAA